CCAAACGUUCCAACGGCUGACACCCAAACAUCCACUCCACAGAAGAAGAAGAAUUGCCGUCAGCAGGUCCACGCAGACGCAGCGGCAGCCAAGAGUGGACUGUCGAUCAGUCUGCCGCUGCUGCUGUUUUGGAGCUCACGCAAUGGCAGCAUUUCACCGACGGUUGAGACGCGCAGUUCUGUACCCGUCACUGCUCACCACGCUCCGUCGCCAUCCCCCAAUCACACCUCUAAAAUAAAAUCCCCAUUUCCCUUUUCCCCAAAUCAUUUGACGCCAAUUUUAUAGGCUCCGAAGCCCGGACCUUCUCUUUCCCCCGUCUCCCUCUCCACUCUCUCUCUCUCUAUAGUCCCUAAACCCCCCAAAUCAGAGAGAGAAACAGAAACAAAGCCAAAGCCAAGCAGAGCUGGAGAGAGUUCUCUUCUCUCACUAGAUCUGUCCACUGGUUGUGCGCUUUUGCGCAAAGGCGCCCUGCUGCCUUCGUUGCUCGCCUGCUUGGUUGCUUGCUUGCCUGCGGUGUCACCCACUUCCUCCCACACUCUCUAUGCGUGCUCUGCCUCCAUGUGGUGGCGCUCUCCUGCUCCUCGCGCUAACUAACCACCACCAGCAACGCACCGAAAUGCCGAGCUUGGCGUCACUCGGCUCGCCACGGCAUCGCAAUGCCGCCGUUGAUCGAGCCGUAACGGACUAGAUAGCCCAAGGGAAGGGAGGAAGAUUUCGUCUCUCUUUUUUGGGGGGUUGGUCUGUCGGUUGAUUCGUUUCGAGAGUCGAGAGCAGCACCACCAACCGCGCCGACGAGAUGUUCAAGUCGGCGAGGUGGCGCGGCGGCGGCGGCAAGGCCAAGGCCGUGUUCAAGCUGCAGUUCCACGCCACGCAGGUCGCUCUCCGGAAGGAGAAGUACCGGAGCUGGGGUGGGAGUCGAUGAUGGUGGUGGUGACGCCGCAGGACGUGGGCCGGCCCACGGCGCGGUCGGAGCGGGCCGAGGUCGCCGGCGGCGCGUGCCGGUGGGCCGCCCCGAUCUUCGAGGCGACCAAGCUCCCCAACCCCGGCAAGGCCGCCGCCGGGGACAAGAUCUACAAAUUCCUCGUCUACGAGACCGGGUCGAGCAAGGCGGCGCUGCUGGGGGAGGCGACGGCGAACCUGGCCGAGUACGCGGAGGCGUUCAAGCCGUCGGCGGUGACGCUCCCGCUCAAGGGCAGCCCCGCCCCCGGCGCGCUCCUGCACGUGACCAUCCAGCGGGUGGUGGGUGGUGGUGCCGGCGGUGGGUACGGUGACGACGGGAGUGAGAACGGCGACACAGGGAAGUCUUCGCCCCGGAGGACGCUGCAGAGCCAGCUGGGCCGGUGCGAGGACGAGGAAGGCGAGAAGGCGAGGUCACCUGCCAUCGAUGCGAUGAGCCCUGUUCAUGAUGGAAUGGUUAUAAGCAAACCGCCAGGGAUGAGGUUUCCGCUUAGAAGAAACAUGCCGAUGGCUGUUGAGCCGGCUGGCCACCUCCACAAUGCCAGUAGCUUUGAUGCUGUCUCGGUUUCUGGUUCAGAAGGGAGCUCAGGAAGAUUCACCCCCAAAACUAGUGCAAGCAUACAUAACACAUUUGUUCAGGAUGCUACCAACAUCCUCUCGCCGUUUGCCAACAAUGGCACCCCAAGGAACCCAUUGAGCUCUGGUGACUGGUCGGGAAGCUCAGCUCCUGAUGCUAGCACAGAUGGGUCGACGAGCAACUCGGGUGAGACUGGGUUGGGAGGUGCUGAGGAUGAUGUGGAGAAGCUAAGAGGUGAGAUAGGCACUUUGACGCGGAAAUUGGAUGUCUCGGACAUGGAGUUGCAGACACUCAGAAAGCAAAUUGUGAAAGAGAGUAGGCGAGGGCACGAUCUUUCCAAGGAAAUGAGUAGCCUGAGGGAAGAGAGGGAUGCACUCCGAAGAGAAUGUGAAGGACUCAGAGGGACAAAGAAGACGAUCCAUGAUGCAAAUGGAUCAGGUAAACGGUUGUCAGACGGGGAAGAUCCCUGGUCACAGGUUGAGGAGUUAAAACAAGAGUUGGGCCAUGAGAAGAAUUUAAAUGCAGACCUGCGUUUACAGCUACAGAAAAUGCAGGAAUCCAACUCUGAGCUGCUUUUGGCCGUGAAGGAUCUUGAUGAGGUGCUGGAGCAAAAGAACAGAGAGAUUUCCAUUUUGCAAGAAGAAACAGUAGAGGAUCACCAGGAGGCGCAAUAUGAGCAUGCGCUGUCAAAUGUGCACACUGCCGGACACAAGAUAGACAUGUCUGAAACAAGCUCGUACCAAGGGAAAGAAGAUGAGCUUAUGCUCGAUGCAUUGGUGAAGAAGAGUGAUGGCAUCGCUAGUUCUGAACUAGAAGAGAAAAUUGUUGAACUGAGCGAUGAAAUCGAGUUGUACAAGAGAGACCGUGAGGAUCUUGAGAUGCAAAUGGAGCAGCUUGCACUUGAUUAUGAGAUUCUGAAGCAAGAAAACCAUGACAUUUCUUCAAGGUUAGAACAAACACAACUGAGGGAGCAGCUAAGGAUGCAGUAUGAGUGUUCAGCACAUUUGUCUAUAAUAAGUGAUCUUGAGGCCAAUGUUGAGAAUCUGGAGAAUGAACUCCAGGCACAAUCUAAAAGAUUAGAGGCUGAUAUAGCUGAAGUGCUGGCUGCAAAGGUUGAACAAGAGAAAAGGGCCAUAAAGGCUGAGGAGUCUCUGAGGAAGGCACGGUGGAACAAUGCUACUACUGCCGAACGACUUCAGGAGGAAUUCAAGAGCUUGUCUUCGCAAGUAUCUUCCGCGUUCAGUGCGAAUGAACGACUGCUUGUGCAGGCAAGAAAAGAGGCCGCAGAACUACAGUUACAGAAGAGCCAGUUGGAAGAGUUAGUACAGAAGGCCCAUGAAGACAUCGCAUCAGUCCAAGAACAACACCGGAUGAAGAUUCAACAGUUACUUACCCUUGUGGAUUUCAAGUCAAAUGAGACAGAAAGGCUAGUGAUGGAGCUCAAGAGCAAGACCGAUGAAUUCCAGAACCAGAAGCGAUGUGAUGAGGCAAAAUUAAAUGCCCUAUCUGAAGAAAUUGAUAAGCUGAAAACCAGGAUUGCCAAGCUAUCAGAUGAGAGAGAUAAUCUCUUAGAAAAGAAUGAGAAGAAAGAUAUGGAGUUAGCUGCAAAUGGUGAAAAGGACAUGGUCUUGCAAGACAAAACUGCUGUAAUUGCUCUGCUCAAUAAAGAGGUUACAUUGCUCAAGGACCAAGUACAGACCUAUUUGGAGGAGCUACACACGUUAAAACACUCCAAAAAUGAGAAGGAUGAGGUAAUAGGGAAGCUGCAAAUAGAUAUUGGAUCGCUGAAACUCCAAUACGACAACGUAAAAAACUUGUUGUCCACGAAGGAGUCAGAGAAAAGCAACCUUGCUUCUCAGGUGCUGAAGCUGAGAAGAGCCCUUGAAAGCAGGGAAGGUGUUAAGGAAAAUGGUGUGACUUCAGACGCGAAGGACAAUCAGCAUUCUAAUUCUAAGCGCAUCAAGCACGAUACCGGCAGCACCGGGAGCAGCUAUGCACCGCCAAGCACCGACAGACACGAUGCAAACGAUGACUGCAAUGAGCACAGCAUGAGGGGUGCUGGAGCUCAUGCUGACCAGUCUACAAAGGAGCUGGACUCUCUGAAGGAGAUGAACAAGGCGAUGCAGGAAGAGCUGAUGGAACUUCAUGAACGGUAUUCAGAGAUAAGCCUGAAGUUUGCGGAGGUGGAAGGCGAGAGGCAGCAACUCGUGAUGACCGUGCGGACGUUAAAGAACUCCCUGAGAUGAUCAUGGCUGUUGCUGAGUGGCCCGCUCACCCAAAUUGUGUAGCUUCAAGAUUAGAUGAUAAAUUGAUAAUACCCCCCGGAGGGUUUUGUAUAGGCGAGCAACUGGAAGGUGAGUUGUAUGGAACAUCAUCCAGGGGCUUGCAGAGGCCAGGGAUGCACCCAGGUUAGUACGGUGCCGUGGCCUUCACAAUAUACAGCAUGUAGAUUCACCUCCUCCACAAUAACAUUUCUGUGUUUUUCUCUUCAGUAUUGGUGUGUGCCGUAUGUAUCAGUUGUUGUACCUCUAGAGUGUGAGCUGUGUUGUAUAAUUCUCCUGAUGUUUUGGUUGUGCUGUGAAGAAAGAAAAGUGAGAGAAAAAAUGAUGUGACGGUUUGAUCUUGGAUUUACAGCUUCCAAAA